UAUCCAUCCCUGCCGACCCGUCUCUACUCUGGACGAUGACUCCACUCCAGUGCAGCGAGGGCCACACCCCUCCGGGAAAUGGCACGGCCACCCCGGAGCAGACGAUCAAGACCAUUACCUCUCUGUUGCACUACACCACGGCAGAACCACGGUGUCGUCUUUACCCGAGGAGAGCCCUGCCCUCGCUUUGUGCUUUCCCCUUCGCUUCUCCACUCCACUCCACUCCCUAUCCCCAUUCCCCAUUCCCCAAUCCCAAAUCCAUUCUCUUGGCCCGAUCCGCAGCCACGCAAUGGAGGCACUCCGGCUGCUGCUUCUCCUUCUUGCUGUCGUCGUGGGCGUCUCCGGCGGCAGCGGGGCCGAUGAUGCAGGAGGGGCGAGGACCUACAUCGUGCGGAUGGAUGCCGACGCAAAGCCGUCAGCUUUCCCGACGCACGCGCAUUGGUACGAGUCGGCGGUGCUGGCGGCGUCCGGGGGCGGGGACUGGCCGGAGGGCGGCCCGCUGAUCCACACCUACUCCGCCGCGCUCCACGGCUUCUCCGCGCGGAUGUCCCCGUCCGCCGCCGCGUCCCUAGCGACCGCUCGCGGCGUGGCGGCCGUGGUGCCGGAGCGCGUCCGCCACCUCGCCACCACGCGCUCCCCGCGGUUCCUCGGGAUGCUCUCCUCCCCGCCCUCAGCCAUCCUCGCGGACUCCGACUUCGGGUCCGACCUCGUCAUCGCCAUCAUCGACACCGGCAUCUCGCCCACGCACCGCAGCUUCAGCGACCGGGGCCUCGGCCCGGUCCCGCCGAAAUGGCGCGGCGUGUGCGCCUCGGGGCCCGGCUUCCCGCCCAGCUCCUGCAACCGCAAGCUCGUCGGCGCCCGCUUCUUCUCCGCCGGGUACGAGACCACCUCCGGCCGGAUGAACGAGAGCGCCGAGAUCAGGUCCCCGCUCGACAACGACGGGCACGGGACGCACACGGCCUCCAUCGCCGCCGGCCGGUACGUGUUCCCGGCCUCCACCCUCGGCUACGCGCGCGGCGUCGCCUCCGGGAUGGCCCCGAAGGCGCGCCUCGCCGCCUACAAGGUGUGCUGGGCCGGCGGCUGCUUCGACUCCGACAUCCUCGCCGCCUUCGACGCCGCCGUCGCCGACGGCGUCGACGUCGUCUCCCUCAGCGUCGGCGGCGUCGUCGUGCCCUACUACCUCGACGCCAUCGCAAUCGGGGCCUUCGGCGCCACGGAGGCCGGGAUCGUCGUCUCCGCUUCCGCCGGCAAUGGCGGCCCCGGCGGGCUCACCGUCACCAAUGUGGCGCCCUGGAUGACCACCGUCGGCGCUGGGUCCAUGGACCGCGCCUUCCCGGCCAAUGUGCGCCUCGGCAACGGCCAGGUGCUCGACGGCGUCAGCGUCUACGGUGGGCCCGUGCUCCAGGCCGGCAAGAUGUACGAGCUGGUGUACGCUGGGGCUACAAACACCGGCGCAUCACCGUCCGCCGCGGACGGCUACUCGGCGUCGAUGUGCCUCGACGGUUCACUCGACCAGGCGGUCGUGCGCGGGAAGAUCGUGGUUUGCGACCGCGGCGUGAACUCGCGCGCCGCCAAGGGCGACGUGGUCCACCGCGCGGGCGCCGUCGGGAUGGUGCUCGCCAACGGUGCGUUCGACGGCGAGGGCCUAGUGGCUGACUGCCACGUGCUCCCCGCCACCGCCGUCGGCGCCGCCUCCGGGGAGAAGCUCCGGAAGUACAUUGCGUCGUCCACUCCGCAGAAGCCGGCCACGGGCACCAUCCUCUUCCAAGGGACUCACCUCGGCGUGCACCCAGCGCCGAUGGUGGCGGCGUUCUCGGCGCGUGGCCCGAACCCCCAGUCUCCAGAGAUCCUCAAACCGGACCUGGUAGCCCCCGGUCUGAACAUCCUCGCUGCAUGGCCCAGCGGCGUUGGCCCGGCCGGCAUUCCCUCAGACGGCCGCCGCACGGAAUUCAACAUCCUCUCGGGCACCUCCAUGGCUUGCCCGCACAUCUCCGGCCUCGCCGCGCUGCUCAAGGCCGCGCACCCCAGCUGGAGCCCAGCAGCGAUCAAGUCGGCGCUCAUGACCACGGCCUACCUCAAGGACAACAGCAACGGCACCAUGAUCGACGAGUCCACCGGCGCGGUGGCCGACGUGUUCGACUUCGGCGCCGGGCACGUCGACCCGAUGCGCGCCAUGGACCCUGGCCUCGUCUACGACAUCGGCCCCGCGGACUACGUCAACUUCCUCUGCAACCUGAACUACACCGAGCAGAACAUCCGCGCGAUCACGCGGCGCCCGGCCGACUGCCGCGGCGCGCGCCGCGCCGGCCACGCCGGCAACCUGAACUACCCGUCUAUGUCCGCCAUGUUCGUCGCGGAUGGCACCAAUCCGACGAUGAAGACGCACUUCAUCCGGACGGUGACCAACGUCGGCGGUGGCAGGGCGGUGUACCGCGCGGCCGUCAGGGCGCCCGAGGGGAGCACCGUGACGGUGCAGCCCAAGCAGCUGGUGUUCCGGCGCGACGGGCAGAAGCUGAGCUUCACGGUGCACGUCGAGGCCGCCAUGCCGACGCAGGCGAAGAAGAUGGAGCCCGGGAGCUCGCAGGUGAGGAGCGGGGCCCUGACGUGGAGCGACGGCAGGCAUGCCGUCGUUAGCCCGAUCGUCGUGACACUGCAAGCGCCAGUGCAGUAGGCAAGCUCGUCGUGAAAAGAUCGAUCGAGCCAAGUGAAGUGAAACACGAUGGAUCUCUUUGUGUUGUGCUACGGCAUUGCUCGGUAGACCAUAGACUCUGUAGACUCGAGAACUCCAGCUCAGAGUUCUUUGAUCCUUCCCAUCUUGCUCCAAUCUUCCGUGGGCAAAGCCACUGUGUGGUUUUCCAGGUGUACAAUGUGAGGCUUUUUAAGUGGUUUAUGGUGCGUGUAGAAAAGGAGAAAGGUGCCUAUGACCUGACCUCACAUGGGUGCGUGUACAUAUGAUUGUGAAAUGUCAAAUGGGGGUAAUGUGGAGUACUGCUUUGGUACUUUGAUUGGACUCGGAA